AGAAGAAUGCAGCCAUUAUUGAAGAAGAAUUGAAGACCACAAAACGUAAAAUGAACCUGAAAACUCAGGAGCUACGGAGACAACUGUCUCAGGAGAAGUACCUAAGGGAAUCUCUGGAGAAAUCCGCAUCAGCCAUGCUUUUCAAAAUACAAGAAAUGGAAUCAACAGUGGAGGUGGAACGGAAACAGGUGCAGAUUUUGCAGCAAAACUGCGUUGCCCUACGCAGUUCUAUACAGACCACCCAAGAUCUGCUGGCACAGGAGCAACAGAAAAAAGGAGAGUUGGAGACUUCUAUCUCUCUGCUCAAGUCUGACCUAAUUUCUAGAGAUGAGGUCAUUUCCAAGUUGGUUGAAGAAAAUAAGAAUGUGCAGAUGUCUUUGAACAAGGAACAUGAAGAAAAUGCAUAUUUGAGGUCUGAAUUAGUAGCCCUUCAUGAAACAUCAGAAAAAGCACAGGUUUCGAAUGACCAGCUGACUAGAAAGUGUUCAGAGCUGAACAGCAUGCUUGAGACUGUUAGUAUGGAAAAUGCCAGAAUUAUUGCUGACCAUCAAGCCAUUCUGCAGGUAGAGAAGAAAAUGAUGACACAGACCUUUCAAGAACAAAACUUACUCCUGGAUGCAGCCCAUGCCAGUAUCACUACGGAGCUAGAGACUGUUCAGAAUGAGAAAAUCCAACUCCAAACACAUCUGGACCAUUUAAUCCUCGAGCAUAAUCAGUGUAUCCAGAAAGCACAGGAUGCUGAGAGGAGGACAGCCUUGCAGAAGGAGCUGCUAGAAACAACAAUUGCAAGACUGCGCGGUGAACUGGAAGCAUCAAUCCAGGAGAAGAAGUCUCUGCUGGAGGAGAAAGAAAGAUUUCAGGGAGAGGUUGAUAAAACAGAGAAAGAAAUAGCGCAAGAAAAAUGCAAUUUGGAAAAGGAAUUAGCCAAAAACAAGAUAGAUAUAAAUGCAUUAACCCAAAACCUGCACAUUCUCGAGGAAAAGAAUAAACACCUGGCGGAACAAAUGGCUUCCCUAGAACUUCGGCAAGUCACUUCUGAUUACAAUGGGCUUGCCCAGCAGCAAGUGGAAAAGGCCUUGGGAAAAAUUACUGAGAGUAAAAAUAAACUGGCCUACGAAAAGGGAAAACUCCAGAUAAAAGUUAAACAGCUAGAAGAACAACUACAUUCUUUUACUGAAACUAGUUCACAGAAUGACCAUCUACGCAAGUUGAACAAGGCUCUAGAGAGCAAAUAUGCUCAGGUGAAAUCCAUUCUCGAAAAGAACGAGGAGGAGCUCUCACAAGCCAUGAGGAGCCGGGACGCAGCGCUGAAAGAGAGUCAGAGGUUGAAAGGGGACCUCGAGGCCCUGGAGGACAGAGAGAGCAAGAAGGUGGGAAACUUUCAGCGACAACUGGCGGAGGCUAAGGAGGACAACUGCAAGGUCACGAUCAUGUUGGAGAACGUGCUGGCCUCCCACAGCAAGAUGCAAGGCGCUCUGGAGAAAGUACAGAUAGAGCUGGGGCGGAGGGACUCGGAGAUCGCCGGCCUCAAGAAAGAAAGGGCUCUAAAUCAACAGAGGGUGCAGAAGCUGGAGGCGGAAGUGGACCAGUGGCAAGCCAGGAUGCUGGUUGUAGAUGCCCAGCACAACAGCGAGAUGGAGCCUCUACAGAAAGCUCUAGAUGUAGCUAGAGAAGACAACAGGAAACUGGCUUUGAGCCUGGAACAAUCACUCCAGACAAAUAAUCAUCUACAAACAAAGCUCGAUCACGUUCAAGAGAAAUUGGAAAACAAUGAACUUGAGCGACAAAAUCUGGAAACCUUCAAAGAACGAAUGACUGAGGAAUCCAAAAUGGAAGCAGAAAUGCACGCUGAACGCAUAGAAGCUCUAAGAAAGCAGUUUCAAACUGAGAGAGAAACGGCCAAGAAAGCAGCACAACGGGAAAUGACUGAGCUGAAGAAGGCCCUCGAUGAAGCCAACUUCAGAUCCGUGGAGGUAACCCGGACCAACCGAGAGCUGCGGCAGAAACUGACAGAGCUUGAGAAGGUCGUGAACAGUAGCAAGGAGAAAAUAAAGAAUCAAAAGGCCCAAAUUAAGCUCCACUUGUCGACUAAGGCGAAUAAUACUCAGAAUGUAGAGAGGAUGAAGCAAAUAGAAACAGAAUUGAGGCAAAUGGAGCUAAUUAAGGAUCAAUAUCAGAAAAAAAAUUAUGAACAGUCGCUGAGCAUCCAGAAGUUCGUGUCUGAAAUGACCAACCUACAGAAGGAGAUGCAGCUCUUGGCCAAGAGCCAGUAUGAGACCUCGGCGAGGAACAAGCAGCAGGAGCUGCGCCUCGAGGCGGAGAGGAAGAUAAGGCAGGGCCUGGAGGGCCGGUGCCAGGAAUUGGAAGAAACGAUCAGACACCUAAGGAAAUGUAAAGAGGCAACAGAGCAUAAACUGAAAGAAGCCAGUGUAGAAUCAGAACAGAUAACAGCUAACCUGGAAGAAGCCCAUCGCUGGUUUAAGUGUAGGUUUGAUGGCCUCCAACUUGAGCUGACAAAAAACCGGUUGCAGAGGCUUCCCCGAGAAGACAGGUGGCUGGAAGAGGACCACGGUAACAAGCAUGAUGUUGCAUCCGGCCAGUCUGCUCUACACCGAUGGGAGAAUAAACAGAAUCUUAAACUUGUGCCCAAGAAGUGUCAUUCUGAACUUGAGAGAAAGUGAUGUCCUUGACAGAGGCGCUGCUUCAUCUAGAGCUACACCGCCAUGAUUUCCUGAGCCCAGCGUCCCGGGCUGGCCUUUCCCGCAGUCAUCAGAACAUGAAGUCUUUGAUGUGGGCUGAAGAUUUUGGACUUGAGUUUCUCAUAUUAUGAACUUGCUGAUAUCAGUAUAGAACCACCCCAUCUUAUUUGUCCUUUUCCCCCAUUUUCCACCCAAUAAAUUUCUAUUAAUUUGUUGUAUGAU